AUGGAAUCUGCCAUUGAGAAACUGCUCGACACGGUUGUUGACGGGCGCGCUGAAGGCAUUCGCUUCCGCCAGGACAACCUCCUCAGCCUCCACAACGAGUUGCGCAAAGAGUCGGCGGCCCUGAUCGCAGCCCUAGAGAAGGACACGGGCGCUUCAAAGGCGGAGAUUGAAGCCGAGAACUUCCUGGCUCUCGAGGCCGUCCGGCACUUUUAUGAGUCGCUCGACUUUGCAAAGGAACUCGAGAAGGAGUACCUCGUGGUCCAUGGCAAGGACAACGCGAGCAGGAGAACCGGUGCUGGGCUGGUGAUUAUCAGACCGACCACUUACACCCGACUCUUCUCCAUUUUGAGUCCUCUUGCCGGGGCUCUGGCUGCUGGGUCUGUUGUAGCUCUUGAGCUUGAGGACACCCUCUUGCAACUCGACACAGUCCUUCGCGUCGUACUCACCCGCGCCCUCAACCAGAAUGCCUUCUGUAUCACCAAGAAGAUCACAGAUGCCUCCCUCCUCGAGCAAGCCAUUCUCGUAGACCAAACCAACACCUCCCCCCUCCCCGCGGCCCGCGCAAACCACCUCAUCUCGGCCAACGCCACCCGCGCCGUCGCCAUCGUCGACCGGACCGCCGACGUUGAGGCUGCCGCCAAAGCCAUCACGGCGGCGCGCUUCGGCUUCGGUGGUCAGUCGCCCUACGCGCCGGACCUGGUCCUCGUCAACGAGUUCGUCAAGAAGGAGUUCUUCGAGGCGUGCUCCAAGCACGCGACGCUCGCGUUCGCGCGAGAGACAACAGUCAGGCGUACGAGCGAUAACUCGAGCGAAGAGACGAGAAAGGCCGUGCAGGAGGCCGAGGACAAAAGAUUGGUUUCGAGCUUUGGAUCCAAGGACUUCAAGCUGGUUGACAUCAAAGACAAUGCCAGGGGCGCUCCGCUGCUGAACAUCAAGAUUAGCGGCCGCUUCUUGCCCAUCGCGACGUCCUCUGGACUUGUGGAUUCCAUCUACACCCAAGAGUUCGAGAACCCUCUGCUGGCCGCCUACCUAUUCGCCAGCCCCGAUGCGGCGAAGUACCUCUCCCAACACCUGCCGGCUCACUUCUCCCUCAUUAACCAAAUCCCAUCCAACCUCCUUCUCGGACCGGCGGCGCCAAUCUCGCACGAACCGGCCUUUGCCUUCCGCUACAGCAAGGUCAUGUUUUCCGUCGCCCGGCCACAGCUCGUCGAGCGACCGGCCGGCGCGUUAGCAAAGCUCGAGCAGCUCCUCACCAGCUCCGGCUCCGGCGCCGUCACGACACAGAGCCUGCACGCGCUGGCCCUCACGCCGCUGAAGCCGACGAAGCAACCCGGUAACAGCAGAUUGGGAUUCUUCGAGCAGAGCUUCGUGCUGAGUGCCAGCCUGGUCAUGAGCGUCCUGCUGCCGAGCCUCGCGUACGGGACGUGGAUCGGUGGACGGAGGGUGCUCGAUUAUGCGUUGAAGCUCCGGAGUUGA